AUGGGGGUUUUUGAGUCCGUCUGGCUCGAGACGAACUCGUCCUUGUUCCUCCCACUCGCCUGCUUGAUUUUAUGGAUAUGCUACAAUGUCGGCCUGGUCCUCUAUCGCUUAUAUCUCAGCCCCAUCGCUCACUUCCCGGGCCCGAAAAUCGCGGCGGUGACUUACUGGUACGAGUUCUACUACGACGUCGUGCUCGGCGGUCAGUACACCUUCCGCAUUCUUGAACUGCAUAAGCAAUAUGGCCCUGUUGUCCGCAUCAACCCGCGAGAGUUGCACUUCUACCCUCCUCAGUUCUACGAAGAGAUUUACGCAGGUCCCACACGCCGACGAGAUCGUUGGGAACGCUACACCCAGGGCUUCGGCAUGCCUGGGGCCGGCGCAAGCACGAAUCCACAUGACUUGCACAAAGCAAGACGAGCAGCCUUGAGCCCCUACUUCAGCAUGCAGAGCGUCCGGAAUCUACAAAGUGUCAUUGAGGAGAAGACGGAUCUGCUGAUGCGGAGGCUCAGAGAAUUUGGUGACUUUACAGACGAAGCUGCAAGGAAGCCUCUCAACCUCGAGGUCGCAUUCGCCGCAUAUGCCUAUGACGUCAUCACCGAGUACGCCUUCGCUCGAAGCGAACAUCACCUUGAAGCCGAAGAUUUUGAUCCUUGGAUGCUGAAAGCGGCCUCUUCCACGAGCUCGCUGGGCCAGAUUGCAAAGCAAAUGUACUGGCUCUUUUGGCUGGUCUUGAACAUUCCGGACUGGCUGACUCGAAGGCUCGACGCGAACGCGAGCCGGUAUCUCCAGUUCAAGCGGGACAUCAACAACCAAAUCGAAAACAUUCGCAAUGGAAUCGACACAUCCCACAAGACAGCAUCACACCCCACAAUCUUCCACGAAAUACUCAACAGCUCUCUACCCCCCGCUGAGAAGCGCACUUCCCGCCUUGCUGACGAAGGAGCCACGGUUGUGAGCGCGGGAGCCGUGACCACAGGGUGGACUCUGCCGGUGACGGUGUUCUACCUGCUCUCCAACCCGGCCAUCCUGCGGAAGCUGAAGCACGAGCUCUGCGAGGCGAUACCCGAUCCGACAAAACCUACUCCUUUGCCUGAGCUCGAACGUCUCCCGUACCUCACGGGCGUCAUUCAGGAGGGUCUGCGACUGAGUUACGGGAUCUGCACGCGGCUCGAGCGGAUCGCGCGGGACGAGGCCCUCGUCUUCGACGACGGCGAGAGAACCUGGACCAUUCCGCCCGGCACGCCGUGCUCCAUGACCAGCUACAUGAUCCACAGAAACCCAGACGUCUUCCCUUCGCCCCACGAAUACCGGCCUGAACGGUGGAUCGAGAACCCCAGACUGGACAAGUACCUCGUCAGCUUCUCCAAGGGCAAAAUGCAGUGUCUGGGCAUCAACCUUGCCUACGCGGAGCUUUACCUCAUGCUGGCAAAGCUGUUUCGCGUCUACGGGAGCAGGGAGGUCAGGUUUGACGGCGAUAUGGGAAGGCUGGAGCUCUUCGAGACCACCUUCGAGAGGGACGUGGAUAUGCGCGAGGACAGGUUCAUUCCCUUGCCGAGCAGAGAGACCAAGGGCGUUAGAGUGUUGGUUGAGCUCUAUUAA